GACAGUAUUAUGUGUCGUGCCUGAAAGGGCUGUGAAGUCUUGCAGCCGCUCAGACUUGAGGAGUGACAACUUAACGAUGGUGGGUGCUCUCUAUCUGUUUGCUCUUCGCUCUUUCCGGUUGUGUGGACGGGGGCGACAGCAGCUGGACUGAGCUCACAGCCACAGUUUCAAUUCCCUCGCUAGGACGAUUCCGACCACCAGCUCCUGCGAGGGUAGCUUGGAUAUUCAAGGACAUUUUAACGUUACUAUAGCUACUUUGGCCUUUUCUGUCGAUUGAGGAUAUCCAGCGCGUGGUUCUCCGGAGCAAUGACGUUGUGGCCAGAUUUUUGUAAACACGGGCAAAAACGGCGGUUGAGAGCACUGUGAAACACUCCCGAGCUGAUGAUGUUUGUCUUCGUCUCAUCUUUCCAUGUCGUACCCGCAGCCCUUCCUCUGCUGACCGGCCACACGAACGGCCACGUCAAGGAAACCCUUUGCUGACUUUCGAUUUGUUUAUCUAAAUUAUGGCAUCGUUUGCUGAAAGAAAACCGUGUUACUGGCGAAAGUAGUGACCCCACAACACGGAGAACGGCCAGUGAACUUUGAUUUGCUGAGUGCUGGAUUGUGGUGGAGCCAGAGGUGCAACACUGAUGUGCAUCAGGUCCAGGAACCAUCAAUGUGGACUUCAGCUGGUGAUUUGAUAAGUUACAUAUAGAACCCCCCCCCCCCCCCCCCCCAAGUCACUUGUGUCCCCUCUCCCCCUCCUUUCCCUCUCCCCUUCCCCACUUCCCCCCCUUCCCUUGUCAAUCUUCUCCCCAUCCUCCAAGAUUCACCAUGCUUAUCAAGGAGUACCGCAUCCCCAUGCCCAUGAGUGUGGAGGAGUACCGCAUUGCCCAGCUCUAUAUGAUCCAGAAAAAGAGCAGAGAAGAGAGCUGUGGUGAAGGUAGUGGGGUGGAGAUUCUAGAGAAUAAGCCCUACACAGAUGGACCGGGUGGGACGGGCCAGUACACCCACAAGGUUUACCAUAUUGGCAUGCACAUUCCCAGCUGGUUCCGCUCCAUCCUGCCCAAAGCCGCACUGAGGGUUGAAGAGGAGUCCUGGAACGCCUACCCUUACACCCGCACCAGAUACACCUGCCCCUUUGUUGAGAAGUUCUCCAUUGACAUUGAGACCUACUAUAAAUCUGACACGGGCAAUCAAGCAGAUGUCUUCAACAUGUCUGCAGCAGAGAAGAGGCAGAGGACUAUUGACCCAAUCGACAUUGUGACAGAUCCCAUCCCCCCGCAUGAGUACAAAGCAGAGGAGGACACACGGCUUUACAAGUCAGCCAAGACCCAGAGGGGUCCUCUGCAGGACGACUGGAUAGAAGAGUACAAAAAUGACCCAGGGAAGACCCCCAUCAUGUGUGCCUACAAACUCUGCAAGGUGGAGUUUCGUUACUGGGGCAUGCAGUCUAAGAUUGAACGCUUCAUCCAUGAUGUUGGACUGAGAAAGGUGAUGGUGCGUGCCCACCGGCAGGCCUGGUGCUGGCAGGAUGAAUGGUACGGUCUGACCAUGGAGGACAUCCGGCAGCUGGAACUGGAAACCCAGCUGGCCCUGGCCACAAAGAUGGCCCAGUUCAGUCAGGCAGAGGAGGCCACCGAAGCCAACGGAGGUGCUCCGUCUCCGGACAAACACCAGGAGGUUAAAGAAGCGAUCAGCUCCAUUGAAGCUGAGGAGGUGGUUGUUCGCUCAGGAGGAGAGACUCUCCAGCCACGAGGUGUACUCACCAAGCAGUGGUCCACUUCAUCCCGAUCCUCCCACUCAUCCAAGAGAGGAGUGAGCCCAUCACGUCACAGCAUCUCAGAGUGGCGGAUGCAGAGCAUAGCGCGAGACUCAGACGACAGCUCGGACGAGGAGUUCUUCGACGCUCAUGAGGAUUUCUCAGACGGCGAGGAGGCCUUCCAAAAGGAAAUUUCCAAGUGGAACUCCAACGACCUCAUAGACAAGAUUGAAGCUGCAGACACAGAGGAAACUCCUGGUGAGCUGAUCAAGGAAAUGCCGGUGGAUUAUGAGAGAGCAACCAGUGAGGAAAGACUAGAUGAGAUGCGUGGCUCUGUUAGCUGCCAAGUCGAUAGCUCUCCCAUUCCCACCAUCACGGUAACAAGGCACCAGUCAGAGAGCUCGUCCCAGCAGUGUCUGCAGCCCUCCAAGAUCCAUGUGCUGAUCUUGGUACUGCACGGAGGGAACAUCCUGGAUACAGGCGGAGGGGACCAGAACAGCAAGCAGGCUGACAUCAACACGAUUAGUACAGCUUUCGAAACAGUCAUGCGUGUUCACUACCCCACGGCGCUGGGACGCAUCGCCAUCCGCUUGGUACCCUGCCCUGCCAUCUGUGCCGAGGCCUUCUCCCUAGUUUCCAACCUGAGCCCGUACAGCUACGAUGAAGGUUGUCUGUCCAGCAGCCAGGACCACAUCCCUCUGGCAGCUCUCCCCCUCCUGGCCACCUCUGCUCCACAGUACCAGGAGGCCAUCGCCACCGUCGUCGUAAGAGCCAACCAGGUGUACACAGAGUUCAUAAAGUCUCUGAACGGGGCAGUCUUCUCUGGCCAGGUAUGCCUCAUUGGGGACUGCGUGGGAGGAAUCUUGGGAUUUGAUGCAUUGUGCAGCAGCAAUCAGACAGUUAAUGAAAGCCAGGACAGCAGCCGCAGGGGCAGUGUCGUCAGUGUACAGGACCAGGACCUCCUUUCUCCUGGAAUCAUUAUCAACAGCGGGCACGGGUCAGCCUCUCCGACUCUGGAGGGCAGCCGCCACCUCAGUCGCAGUAACAUUGACAUUCCUCGUGCCAGUUCAGGUGACGACACCAAGCGACAAUUGCCACGCAAGAGAAGUGACUCCUCCACCUACGAGCUGGACACAAUAAAACAACACCAGGCCUUCCUCACCAGCUUACACUCCAGUGUUUUGCGAAACGACACAGUCUCGCGCAGGUCGAGCAGCAGCGCUAUGCUGGAUGGAGGCUCCCUGGGAAAGUUUGACUUUGAGGUCUCUGACUUUUUCCUGUUUGGCUCUCCACUGGGCUUGGUACUCGCCUUGAGAAAGACUGUCAUUCCAAUGCUGGAUGUGGCCCAACUGCGGCCUGCCUGUCAGCAAGUCUACAACCUGUUCCACCCAGCCGAUCCCUCGGCCUCCCGCCUGGAGCCUCUCUUGGAGAGGAAGUUUCACCUCCUGCCUCCCUUUAACGUGCCCCGUUACCAACGCUUUCCCCUUGGAGAUGGGAACUCUGCCCUACUUGUGGAGACAGUCCAGAGCAACGCUCAGCUGCUACUUGACAGCGGGCCUCCGCUGUCCCUUCGCUGUCAGGAUACCAUCAGUGAGACCUGCAUCCCUGUGCCUGUGCUAAACUGGCCGGAGGGCUCCCUCAAAGCCACACCCGCCACUAUGGAGUCAGAUGUUGUUCAGUCUCAUGGUGGUGUCUUCAUGGACAGUUCGUACCCCUCAUCCCCCGUAGCGGGCCCCCUCUCCCGGGGCCAGCGGAGGGCCAGUGAAGUCAGCAUUGCCAGCCAGGUCUCAGGAAUGGCAGACAGUUACACUGCCUCCAACAUAGCCAACACCAAAUCAUGCCAAAUUAACCAAUUCAAAAAGUUCAGCCUUUUGUCCCAACUCGCCCUUUCAUCACAAAACAAAUUCUUCCUGAAAAGUCCUCCUAAGUCCCGUAAGAAAACAAAGGCUGGCAAGGCCGCAGGAGGUCCUGAUGCAGAUCUAGUAGCAGAGCUGGACGGUGUAGCAGAGACUAGUGCCCGUCUAAGUCCCACUGGCCAGCACGAGAACUGCCUGUCACCUGGGCUGGAGUGUGCUAUAUCUGAGCUGGUCUCACUGGACUCCCAGGCUGAAGUGGACCAAGUUGCAGCACGUUGGUGGGGCACAAAGCGGCUGGACUUUGCCCUGUACUGCCCCGAUGCUCUCACCGCUUUCCCCACAGUGGCUUUACCGCACCUCUUCCACGCAUCAUACUGGGAGUCCACUGAUGUUGUAUCGUUUCUCCUGAGACAGGUCAUGAGGCAUGAAAACUCUAGCAUCCUGGAGCUUGAUGGCAAGGAAGUGACUGAAUUCACUCCCUCUAAACCUCGAGAGAAGUGGCUCCGCAAGAGGACCCUUGUGAAGAUCAGGAACGUUACUGCCAACCACCGCAUUAAUGACGCGGUGUUCACAGAAGACUCCCAGCAGGUCGUGACAGGUCGCUUUAUGUACGGCCCUCUGGACAUGGUCACCUUGGCCGGGGAGAAGGUUGAUCUCCACAUCAUGACCCAGCCCCCAUCAGGAGAAUGGGUGUACUUCAACACAGAAGUGACUAACAGUAGUGGCCGUGUGUCAUUUGCCAUCCCAGAGAAAAAACGUCUGGGCAUUGGCGUCUACCCAGUCAAAAUGGUUGUCAGGGGUGACCACACAUGUGCAGACAGCUACCUGACAGCUGUUCCACGUGGCACUGAGUUUGUUGUAUUCAGCAUCGACGGGUCAUUUGCUGCCAGUGUGUCAAUCAUGGGCAGUGAUCCCAAAGUGCGGGCAGGAGCUGUAGAUGUUGUCAGGCACUGGCAAGAUUUAGGCUAUAUGAUCAUCUAUGUGACAGGACGACCAGACAUGCAGAAGCAGCGGGUAGUGGCCUGGUUGUCUCAGCACAACUUCCCUCAUGGCAUUGUCUCCUUCUGUGACGGCCUGGUCCACGACCCGCUGAGACACAAGGCCAACUUCCUCAAGUCCCUGACAGAGGUUAACAUGAAGAUUUUCGCUGGCUACGGAUCAACCAAGGACAUCUCAGUCUACACCUCCGUCGGCAUCCCUCCCUCCCAAAUAUACAUCGUCGGGAGACCCUCCAAGAAGAUGCAGUGCCAGUUCAUCACAGAGGGCUAUGCGGCUCAUUUGUCCCAGCUGGAGUACAGCCACCGUUCUCGGCCAGCUAAGUCCAGCAGUGCACGCAUGGUGCUACGUAAAGGCAGCUUUGGCUUGGGUGCAAACAGCGACUUCCUAAGGAAGAGGAACCACCUGCUGCGCACCAUCUCCUCCCAACCGGCCCCCAGCUCCCCAACAGGCAGCAUCCACAACAGGCCAGAACGCACACAGAGCCAAUCAGACGGCGAGAGGCUGGAGCGGGACCGGCUGGAGUGCGCUCACAGCCACAGCCAGGGAGCAGCGCAGCGCAGCAUGAGCAUCACAGCCAGCUGCUGGGGCCGCAGCAGCAGCACCAAGCUGGAACCCGGCGUUCUUAGCCCCAAAUAGGAUCAGGAAGACUGAGUACCUUUGGGAGAGGGAUGAAAAGUAUACAUUGCUGAGGAAGAGACCCAUGACAAAGAUAAAUGCAAAGAGUGAAAAACAGUUGGCUUGCACCAGAGGGGUAAAUACCACAAUGAAAACAAUAGGUGCUACAAACCACUCUUUAUAAACUAAUGCCAGUUACACUCUACUCAGAUAUUUAUGAACAGAGGCUACAGCUAUAUUUAUUAUACAACAGACACAAAACUCAACAGGCAUUUCAAGGAGCAUCUUCCUGAACCAGAAACGCAUAUAUUGUAGGGAUCCAGACUGUUUCUACUGUAUAGUAAAUAUUGAUCACUCUUGAUUACAAGGUCAGUAUUCCUCCAACAGCGGGCUUUUAGAGUGGAGAUGGUUACACAUACAAGCACCCCAUUGCUGUAUAUUUAAGUUAAUAACACAAAGCGGUUACAGACAGCCUGCAUCACGUCCCAGUUCGGAUACUGUUCUAAUCCCGCACUGUAACUGACACUGACACCCCAAGCACAGCAAUUACGAAAAUUAAAAAUUAUUUUUAUGUGAUAACCAGAUAUGUUCACGUCUGGGAGCAGAGCGGAGAAUCAGGUAAAACUGGAUUGAAUGUGUUUCUUCUCUCAGUGUGAUCAGACAGACACAAAAUCAUUUAG